AUGGAUUUCAUGCGUCCCCGUUCAGGCUUCCAGCCUUGCGAGACUUUCUUUGUGGAAGAUGACUUUCAUCAUGCCCGUGAGGAGAGACUAGCCAAUGAGGAGCAUGACAAGCACGUCUCUCGUGAGCGCCAGUUCGUGAUUGCAGACCAGCUGUCCCGCCUUACCAGCGAGGAGCUCCGUGACGAUGUCUUGCAGCACAUGCUUGAAAUGGACAGUCAAACUAUCCCCGACGUCGAGUCCAUCGAUAUUCAGACCGAGAUUCAGUGGUUCAUGCGCCCGUACCUUCUUGACUUCCUCAUCGAGGCCCACACUGCCUUCCAGCUUAUGCCGUCGACGUUGUUCUUGGCCAUCAACCUGCUGGACCGAUACUGCUCUAAGAGGGUAGUCUACAAGCGACACUACCAGCUGGUUGGAUGUGCUGCUCUCCUCAUUGCUGCGAAGUACAAUGACAAGAAAGAUCGUGUCCCCACUGUCAAGGAACUGAAGUCGAUGUGCUGCUCGUUGUAUGACGAUGACAUGUUCAUCCAGAUGGAAUGGCACGUUCUGCAGACUCUGGGUUGGACCAUUGGUCACCCUACUGUGGACAGCUUCUUGCAGGUCGCCACCUUGGAUGAGGCUUACGACGCGGAAGUGGAGCACAUGGCUCUGUACAUCCUUGAGAUUGCCCUGUUCCACCGUGAUUUCGUUUCCAAGUCCUCCGCGGAGCUCGCUCGCGCUGCCUUGGCUCUGUCUCGCUGCAUCUUGAACCGUCCCCAGCCCCGUGCUGCUGCGUGGGUCGCUCAGUACGACUCGAUGACGCUUGUUGGUCUGUCCCAGCAACUUCACCAACCGUCGUCUGUUGUUGCCCGCAAGUACGCCUCGGCUCACUACUCUCGUGUUUCCAAGGUCCUGGAGCACUUCCUCACCCGCCAGGCUUCGCUGGCUAGCUACGCUCGAUGCACCCCUCCGGUGGAGACUCCUGUGGAGUCCAAGCCGUACAAUGGAGAAAUCGGUCUUGCUACCCCUCAGAAGUCCCAGCAGUUGACUGCCGUUCGGCACGGAAUUAUGACUCCGCCGGUUACUCCCGACGGUGCUACCCUUCAGUGCCAAAUGGCCUCCCAGGACCCUCACCAGGUCGUACCCGCCGUGAAUAUUUACUCGCCGUCGCCUGCUCCGGAGGCUGAGAUGCAGUACAUGCCCACCGACGCUUACCAGCAACAGGAGGCCAUGUACGUCGCUCAACUGCAGCAGUUCCCUUCGCAGCAGAUGAGCAUCGACUCGAAUUUUCCGGCUGCGAUGUGA